AUCAGCCAACAAACCAAGCUGAGCUUGCAAAUACACAGCAGAGCCAGAGCUAAGCAAUGGUGCGGAAGCCGAGCCAUGGCGACAGCACCGGCGCCGGCAACGGCUGCACGGAGGCGGCGAAGGAGAGGAAGGGGCUGUGGUCGCCGGAGGAGGACGAGCGCCUCUUCGCCCAGAUCACCUACCACGGCGUCUCCACCUGGAGCUCCGUCGGGCAGCUCGCAGGUCUGAGGAGGAGCGGCAAGAGCUGCCGGCUGCGGUGGAUGAACUACCUGCGCCCGGACCUGAAGAAGGAGCCCAUCUCCAAGCGCGAGGAGGAGGUCAUCAUCUCCCUGCAGCAGUCCCUAGGCAACCGGUGGUCGACGAUCGCGGCGAGGAUGCCGGGCAGGACGGACAACGAGAUCAAGAACUACUGGAACUCCCGCAUCAGGAAGCGCCUGAACGACGCCGCCAAGGCUGGCCGCGACGACGGUGCCGGCACCGAGCCAGCGCCGGCCGGCGAAGAGAAGGUGGAAGUGGAACCAGCCAAUGCGGCCACCGAAGCGGGGCCUAUGCCCAUCCCCGCGCGGUUCCCGGUGUUCGCGUGCCAGAUGCUCGACGGAGGAGUCGGCGGCGGCGGCAUUUCAUCGGCCGGCAGCGGCAGUGGCGAGAACACCCCGUCGACUACUAGCAGCACGCAGCAGAACUCCGGUGAGGAGAGCGAGGCGAGCGUCGGCGACAGCAACAUGAUCCAUUUCCUGUUGUUCGAUGAUCUGGAUUACCCAGCUGAUUUGGUCAUGGAUGUGCCGGGGGCCAUGGACGCGUGGGAGAGUGAACUGUACCCUGCAAAUUCGAUCAGCUCGCUCAAUUAUUGAUUCA